UGUUCCUCAAACUGCAACUCGUCCGUCUUCCAACAGGUAUCUCUCUCCUUCUCUUCUAUCUCUCAUCUCUCGCCCUCUCUCUCUAUUUCUAUCUCUGCUCACCCUCUCUGUCUUCCUCAAACUGCAAUCCGUCUUCCAACCAGCAUAUAUUUUGCUUUGCAUACUAAGCUUUGGCGGGUUCAUAGCACUUAGAAAAUGCAGGGAGGCAAAAAAAAAGUUACAAAUAAAGAAAAGAAAGAAACGCCUUGGAAUCAUGGUAGGUCAAGUAGAACUAGUAAAGCUGUUGUGGAGUAUCGUGAAGAUAAAGUUGAAGAGAAAAAGAGCAAGCAUGAGCAGUACAGAAAUGACUACAGCAAGUCGAAUGGAAUAAAGUUGCAACAUCAAGCUCGCAAUUUCACUUUUCACAAGUCCUCUGUCACUUAUGGCAAUGCCGAUGGAUCAUAUAUAUCUUCAUCCACAACUAGAAUGACAGGGAGUGAUGGAGCGACCUUCUUAGAAAGCAAAAAAGCUUAUACUGCUACAAGGCAAGGAAAACGCAAAAGCUCUGAUACUGCUACAACUACGAGGCAAGUAAAACACAAGAUAUCUCGGGGACUUGAUAAUAAGGGCCAUUCCAAUGUGAAUAAAGGUGAAGCAAAUGAGCUUCUUCGAUUUGAACAAUCAUGGAAAGGAAAUGAUACACGUAGCUGGUCUGAGAAUUUUAGUGGCUAUGAUAAUAUUGAUGUCGCCAGGGAGGAAUAUUACGAUGAUUAUUAUCCGUGAGGUUGGCCGGAGGCGUCAACUUUUGAAGUGCUAACUUUUGAUAAGUCAGUUUUAGAUGUUAAUUUGCAGCAUGUGGCAUCUUUUGGAGUUGUAUUGUAAAAAUGAUAUGGUUUUAAGUUAUGACUUGUGAAUAUCUAUGAAAUAUGGUUUCAGUAUUA